AUGUUGGAACGUCAAGGUUUUUUAAUGAAUAUUAUCCCAGCGAGUGGCGAGACACUAAAUGAUUUCAUAAACCAAUUGUUGUAUGAUGGUCUCGGUGACAGCGGCAUAAUCGUGUCUGGUACUACCAGUACGCUACCAGUAGUUACAUCGAGUGAUCGUUCAAAUAGAAAAGAUCGGUCAGAAGAGAUCUUGAAUGAUAAUCAGGAAGUAGUCACGCAAAUUAAAUUACAUAUGAUUGGUAACUAUGAAUACAAUGUUAAAUGUUACAUUGUGUUAGAGUUGAAUAAUACCCUGCUUGGAUAUUAUAUCCGAUUGUAUUCCAUAAAUUUUAUUCCAGUUAUUAAUAUGAUACAGACUCAGAUGUUGGCUCAUACCCAUAGAUAUUACUUAGAUAGUGCAAGACUUGCAAUAACUGUACGAGGAAAUCACCAAUGA